AUGGAUGAUGUUGUGCUAGAAGCGUUGACGAAAACAGCUAUUAAACAGGCAGCUGAGAAUUUCAGUGCUGAAUACAAGGCAACCGAUAUCAAUUCGUCUAUUACUGUUGCAUACGGCAGCUCGCCUGGUUUGUAUAUCCAGGAAUUUGUCAAUGAUGGCACUGACUUUCGUGCAACGCUCGCUGAACUCGCGGACCUCGGGAAGCUGGCAGAUCUAAGUAUUCGAUUGUAUCCUACACAAUUGGUUGAAAAGUUUUGCUCUGGUUCCGGACAGGCGUUUAGAACGGUCUCUCAUGAUAUGACUGAGCUGGCAGGCAAUGGAACUCCGUUGCUUGAUAGGUCAGUCAUUUUUUCAUCAGAGCCAGAUGAGGUGCGUGGUUAA